UUCUCCACCCUUCUCCUUCUUCAAGCAUCCAAGGACUUCCACCAAUGGCGGUUCAAUCCAAUCCAAUUCCAUCUAUUUAUUAAACUGAAAUCACCAAAAGAAAUAAAAGAAAGGAAAAACCCACAUUUUCCCCUAAGUUAACGACCUCUGCUCCUGAAAAUGUUGAAGGCCGUAGCGUCAACAUGUUUACAGUCCCGUUUCCAUGUGGCAACGACGGCGUUUUACCCCUACCUCCGCCAUGCUUCCGAGUCGAACUCCCCAUUGCUCAGAGUUCUGGACUCACUUAAGGGGCCCAAUUACUCAAAUAGAAGAGGCCCAUAUUUUUUCCGGCGAUUCUUCUGCUCAGACUCCAGUGAAGAUUCUGCCGAAUCCGGGGCUGAAGCUAGACGGGUUGAAACGGAUGGAGAAGAUGCUGAUUCUAAGUCCACUGCAGCAAUUGUACCCACUGUCUUCAAACCUGAAGAUUGCCUAACGGUUCUAGCACUCCCAUUGCCUCAUAGGCCAUUAUUUCCUGGAUUUUAUAUGCCAAUUUAUGUAAAGGAUCCCAAAUUAUUAGCUGCAUUGGUUGAAAGUCGAAAGAGACAGGCCCCUUUUGCUGGUGCUUUUCUUGUUAAAGAUGAACCAGGAACAGACCCUGCUAUUGUUUCUCCAUCUGAUGCAGAGAAGAACAUAUAUGAACUUAAAGGAAAAGAGUUGUUAGGACGCCUUCAUGAAGUAGGCACGCUAGCUCAGAUUACAAGUAUCCAAGGUGAUCAGGUUGUUUUAAUUGGUCAUAGACGAAUUCGAAUUACAGAGUUGGUUGAUGAAGAUCCCCUUACAGUGAAAAUUGAUCAUCUCAAGGAAAAACCUUAUGACAGAGAUGAUGAUGUAAUGAAGGCAACAUCAUUUGAAGUCAUUUCAACCCUGAAAGAUGUCCUGAAAACAAGUUCCCUUUGGCGAGAUCAUGUCCAAACCUACACUCAGCAUAUAGGAGAUUUCAAUUAUCCUAGGUUAGCAGAUUUUGGAGCAGCAAUAUCGGGUGCAAAUAAAUUUCAAUGCCAAGAAGUUCUUGACGAGCUGGAUGUGUACAAACGACUUAAGCUUAGUCUGGAACUAUUGAAGAAAGAAUUAGAGAUCAGUAAAAUCCAGGAAGCAAUUGCCAAAGCAAUUGAGGAAAAGAUAAGCGGGGAGCAGCGCCGCUAUUUAUUGAAUGAGCAGCUUAAGGCCAUAAAGAAGGAACUGGGAUUGGAAACUGAUGACAAAACAGCUCUUUCUGCAAAGUUCAGGGAAAGACUUGAGCCAAAAAAGGAUAAAUGCCCGCCUCAUGUAUUGCAAGUCAUUGAAGAAGAACUGACAAAGCUGCAGUUGCUAGAGGCUAGUUCUAGUGAAUUUAAUGUUACACGUAAUUAUCUAGAUUGGUUGACUGCACUGCCUUGGGGAAUUUACAGCGAUGAGAACUUUGACAUUUUACGGGCUCAAGAAAUUCUUGAUGAGGACCACUAUGGUUUAACUGAUGUUAAAGAAAGGAUAUUGGAAUUUAUAGCUGUGGGAAAACUCAGAGGAACUUCACAAGGAAAAAUCAUCUGCCUCUCGGGUCCUCCUGGAGUUGGGAAGACGAGUAUUGGCCGUUCAAUUGCACGUGCAUUGAACCGUAAGUUCUACCGGUUUUCAGUAGGAGGUUUGUCUGAUGUUGCUGAAAUAAAGGGGCACCGUCGAACCUAUAUUGGUGCCAUGCCAGGGAAGAUGGUGCAAUGUCUGAAGAAUGUAGGAACCGCUAAUCCUCUUGUCUUAAUCGAUGAGAUUGACAAGUUGGGAAGGGGACAUGCAGGUGAUCCAGCAAGUGCUAUGUUAGAGCUUCUUGAUCCCGAGCAGAAUGCUAAUUUUCUAGAUCACUACCUUGAUGUUCCAAUUGAUUUGUCAAAGGUUUUGUUCGUCUGUACAGCGAAUGUGGUGGAUACAAUACCCAAUCCUCUUUUGGACAGAAUGGAGAUAAUUUCCAUUGCUGGUUAUAUUACUGAUGAGAAAAUGCACAUUGCUAGGGGCUAUUUGGAGAAACAUACUCGUGAAGCAUGUGGCAUCAAGCCUGAAGAGGUUGAGGUUACCGAUGCUGCUCUUCUAUAUUUGAUAGAAAAUUAUUGUAGAGAAGCAGGAGUUAGGAAUCUUCAAAAGCAGAUUGAGAAGAUAUAUCGCAAGAUUGCUCUAAAACUUGUGCGGAGGAGAGCACAAAAUAAUCCUCCAGCCACAGAAGUUGAGGAUGGUCAAUCUGUUGAGCUAACGGCAGAAUCUCAUGGUAUCUUGACCGAAACCUCAACUGGAGAAGGGGCACAAGAUGGAGCAGUAUCUGUUGAACCAAGCAAUAUUGAAAAGGCUUCUGAAACCUCCGUAGAAGAAACAAAGUCACUGGAUCCCACAACUGACCUCAUAGAGAAGUCUCCAGAUCAAGCAGCAACUACAGAGGUCAUUCUUGAAAGUGACGAGAGUAAGAGUAACGAGAUUGAAACAGUGGAUAAGGUGUUGGUUGACACGAAUAAUUUAAUGGAUUUUGUCGGCAAGCCUGUCUUUCAUGCAGAGCGCAUAUACGAACAGACCCCAGUUGGUGUUGUUAUGGGUCUUGCUUGGACAGCUAUGGGUGGAUCAACAUUAUACAUCGAAACAACUCUUGUAGAGCAAGGUGAAGGGAAAGGUGCACUCCACGUUACAGGACAACUUGGAGAUGUCAUGAAAGAAAGUUCCCAGAUUGCUCACACUCUCGCAAGAGCAAUAUUGCUUGAGAAGGAUCCUGCAAAUCCCUUCUUUGCUAACUCCAAGCUUCAUCUUCAUGUUCCUGCUGGUGCUACCCCGAAGGAUGGUCCAAGUGCUGGUUGCACCAUGAUCACAUCCUUGUUAUCUCUUGCCAUGAACAAACCUGUCCAGAAGGACCUGGCGAUGACUGGAGAAGUAACACUAACUGGGAAAAUCCUCCCAAUUGGAGGGGUCAAGGAGAAGACAAUUGCUGCAAGACGGAGUGAGGUGAAGACAAUCAUUUUCCCUUCAGCUAACAGGAGAGAUUUUGAUGAGCUUGCGGAUAACGUGAAGGAAGGCCUGGAGGUCCAUUUUGUAGAUGAUUAUAGUCAAGUAUAUGAUUUGGCUUUCAGUUACGACGAGAAGAGGGAAGAAUAAGUCUGUUUCGGUGUAUCAUGAUGUUCGUUGAGUUUGCCAGUCCCAAAAAUUAUCCUGUUCUGAUCAAAUUCAGGGAGCCGAGAAAGUCCCUUGUUCCAACUGGUUUUUCAGGCGGAUUUGGUCCCGGAACGGGACCUUUGUAUACAAGUUUAUGCCAUGAUUCAUUUGUUCGACAGCAACGUUUUUGUACAAUAAUCAUUCAAACGUAUAAAGCACACUUAUCCACCUAUCUAGGAUGAAAUUUUCCCCGGCGGCCUAAGCCUUAGAGCAGCAUGUUGUACCAUCUAUUUGGCUAUGGUAUUCCUAAUAUUAUAUUUUUGAAACUCU